AUGGCUCUCCCACUUGGCGCUUCUGUCGCCGAGGUCCAGGAGAAGGGCGACUUCAUGAUCAAGCCCGAGAACUCCGGCCCCAAGCUCAACACCUCCGAGUGGCCCCUGCUGCUCAAGAACUACGACCAGCUUCUCGUCCGCAGCUCUCACUUCACCCCCAUCCCUCACGGAUGCUCGCCGCUCAAGCGCGACCUCCAGAGCUACAUCAAGUCGGGUGUCAUCAACCUCGACAAGCCUUCCAACCCUUCCUCGCACGAAGUCGUCUCUUGGCUUCGACGAAUUCUCCGCGUCGAAAAGACAGGUCACAGUGGUACCCUCGACCCCAAGGUGACAGGAUGCCUCAUCGUAUGCAUCGACCGAGCGACACGUCUCGUCAAGUCGCAGCAGGGUGCUGGUAAGGAGUACGUCGCUGUGCUUCGCCUCCACGACAAGCUCGACGAUGCCAAGAAGCUGCCCCGCGCCAUCGAGACCUUGACUGGCUCGCUCUUCCAACGACCCCCGCUCAUCUCGGCCGUCAAGCGUCAGUUGCGUAUCCGAACCAUCUACGAGUCCAAGCUCAUCGAGUUCGACAACGACCGUCACCUCGCCGUCUUCUGGGUCAGCUGUGAGGCCGGUACCUACAUCCGAACGCUCUGUGUCCACCUGGGUCUGUUGCUCGGCGUCGGCGGCCACAUGCAGGAACUCCGUCGUGUCCGAUCCGGUGCGCUUUCGGAGAACGACUCGAUCGUCACCAUGCACGACGUGCUCGAUGCUCAGUGGCUCUACGACAACCAGCGCGACGAGACGUACCUCCGCCGCGUCAUCCGACCUCUCGAGUCGCUGCUCACCGGCUACAAGCGCAUCGUCGUCAAGGACUCGGCCGUCAACGCCGUCUGCUACGGCGCCAAGCUCAUGAUCCCCGGUCUGUUGCGCUACGAGAAGGACAUCGAGGUGCACGAGGAGGUGGUGCUCAUGACCACCAAGGGCGAGGCCAUCGCGCUCGCCAUCGCACAGAUGUCCACCGUCGAUCUGUCCACAUGCGACCACGGCGUCGUCGCCAAGGUCAAGCGCUGCAUCAUGGAGCGUGACACAUACCCCCGACGAUGGGGUCUUGGGCCUAAGGCGCAGGAGAAGAAGGCCAUGAUCAAGACCGGCAAGCUCGACAAGCACGGCAAGUCGAUCAACGGUGUCACGCCUGACAAGUGGAAGAAGGAGUACGUCGACUACUCGGAUGCUAGCGCUGCGCCUGCUGGCGAUGUCGAGCAGGUCGCCGUCGCUGCUGCUGCCGCCGCCGUCGAGCCCGUCACACCAAAGAAGGACGACAGCGACAGCAAGAAGAGGAAGCUCGAGGAGACGCCCGGCGCCGCCACGGACGGGGAGACCGAGGAGGAGCGCAAGAAGCGAAAGAAGGAGAAGAAGGAGAAGAAGGCCGCCGAGGCCGCAGCGGCGGGCGUGGAGACCCCCAAGUCGGAGAAGAAGAAGAAGGACAAGAAGGAGAAGAAGGACAAGUGA